AUGUUCUCGUUCCGCUGGGUUGUAGUUGUAGGUCGUUGGAUCGAUAUAUUACGUAAACACGAUUUAGAGGACGAUGAUGGUGCGCGAUUCUUUGAAGGUGUUUCUCCAAUGUUUCUCUGCGCUCUUAUGUCCUCGAACCUCGAACGACAAAGGUGCUCAAUGAUAACUUGAGAGCUGGGACUUGG